AUGUGCAAAGUGCUAGGCUCAAGCUCUUUUUUCCUUUCUUCCUCUUUCUUUCUCAACCAUUCCUCCCUUUUCUUGUUUCUCUUUUCUUUCCUUUCUUCUUUUCUUUUUAUCCUCCAUUUUUUUCUUUCUUUUUCCUUAAUUUCUACUUCUUCCUUUUUCUUUCCUUCUUUCUCCUUUACUCUUUAUUCUGUUUUUCUUCCCUUUCUUCAUUCUUCUCUCUUUUUGUCACUUUUCUCUUUCCUUCUUUUUCUCCAUUAUUUCUUUCUUUUUCUUCCUAAUCUUAUCUUACCUUCUCCCUUCUUUCCUUGUGUUCCUUCUCCCUUCUUUCCUUGUGUUCCUUUCUUCUUUCCUUCUUCCUCUUCUUUCCUUGUGUUCCUUCCCUCUUCUUUCCUUGUGUUCCUUCCCUCUUCUUUCCUUGUGUUCCUUCUCCCUUCUUUCCUUGUGUUCCUUCCCUCUUUUUUCUUUAUUUUUUAUCUUUCAUUUUUUUCUUUUCCACUUUUUCUUCCUUCUUCUUCUCUUUUUUUUCUCCGUCUCUCUUUUCUUUUUCAUCUUUCUUUCUUUCUACUUUCUACUUCUUUCCUCUUUAUCCUUUCUUUUCUUUCCCCUUUUUCAUUCUUUCUUUUCCUCAUUUUCUUCCUUUCCUUUGGCUUCUUUUUUUGUUUUCUUCGUUUUUAA